GAUUGUUUUGCUCAUUUAGGUAUGUCUCUCUCUUUAAUUAAAUUCAAGAUAUUCCAGUUAGUCUAGGUGGUGCUUUUUUAGGGUGUACACAGAGGUUAACAUGAAACCAAAAUGCUGAGUAUGAAAAUGCGAGGAGAGUUCCCACACAGACUUGGACAUUUGAACCAGCUAAUUCAGAACAUAUGGUGUUGUAUCCAUAAGUCUUGUUAAAUUAUAGCUAACUUCCAAGCUAUUCACAUAGACAUAUAGGUUACUUCUGAAUAUCAAAUCAUAUGUGAUGUCGACUCUUGUUCGGCUCCAUCACCUGUCAGUGCCUCUGUUGAGAAGAGCAGCUCCCAAAGUUUUCGAUGGUCGGCACCUGCCUGCCCUCCAUUCUCACACGAGCAGCCGCCCACCGGACCUGACCUUUGAGGACCCCAGCGCCUUCAGUGUGAAGAGUUUCAGGGAGCUCAUGCGAGCGCUGGGGGUGUUUCAGCUGUGUUCCUUUCCCGUGCUGGUCAACAAUUGUGGGAAGCUCCUGUCUGCUACUCGCUCUAUUCUGGGUAAACAAGGCUUCUCUCUGAUCAUGCGCCCCUCAAUCUAUGCCCAGUUCGUUGCUGGAGAGAGUGAGGGUGAAAUCGCUGUUGCCAUGGAGAAGAUGAGGUCAUUGGGUUUACGCACCAUGUUGGCAGUACCCAUUGAGGAGGACCUGGGAGAGAGCACUGGGGAGUGUCGCUACGAUGAAAAUCUGGAGGCCAUGCUGCAGUGUGUGCGCCUGUCCCAUACCAAAGCUUGCUCAGAUCCUAAGAUGCAGCUGAAGAUCACUGCACUGCUAAGCCCUGAGCUCUGCGUGAGUCGCGCAUCCACACAUGGCCAAGGGACUGUCAACUUAGUGACCUGUAAAUUUGUUGUAUGUCUCCAUUUUCUUCAGGUGAAGAUAACCUCCAAUCUGCCAGAACAUCCGUUUGACCUGGCCCAGCUAGUCAAAGCAAUGGAUGGAGAGCCUGUCCACUUCCCAGGUUUAACUGAGGAGGAGAAUGCACAUUUCCACUGUGGCCUACAUCGGCUCAACAAGGUUGGAGAGGCCAGUAUCUCAAAGGUGCGAGUUUUGGUUGAUGCGGAGUACACCUAUAUGAACCCUGCCUUGUCCCUGGUCACUAUGGCAAUGAUGAAGAAGUUCAACCAAAAGGAGCCUUGGGUCUGGAACACGUAUCAGUGCUAUCUUAAGGAAUCAAGGUCUCUUUUACUUGAUGCAAUCAGUCAAUCUGUGAAGCAUUCAUUCUGCCUUGGAGUCAAGCUUGUGCGAGGAGCUUACAUGGACAAGGAAAGGAAGCUGGCUAAAGGGGAAGGCAGACCUGACCCCAUUCAUCAGUCGUGGGAGGACACCAAUGCCAGUUACAAUGGAUCAAUGGACAUCAUGCUGAACCUGAUCUCCCAGAAUCCUCAGCGUUACCAGAUUAUUGUGGCGACACACAAUGAAGAAUCAGUGAGACAUGCAAUUUCACAGAUGGUGAAAUUGAGGAUAGACAAGCAUGCUGGCUCUGUGUGCUUUGGACAGCUACUGGGGAUGUGUGAUCAUGUCUCUCUUACAUUGGCUCAGCACGGUUAUUCGGUGUACAAGUCCGUGCCCUACGGCUCUGUGGAUGACACACUGCCCUACUUAGUGCGCCGGGCCCAGGAGAACCGCACCGUCCUGCAGGGCAUCCGCAAGGAGCGGGACCUGCUGAGGCAGGAGCUGUGGAGGAGACUGAAUGAGGGACUGAGGCUCCGGAGGCAGGUGGUGUGACGAGAGAGAAGGGGAAUGAGGACCUGAGAGAAUGGCCAGGCGAGUGAAGGAAUCGACAGUUACAGGGAGGGGGGGGGGGGGGGGGGAGACUAUGGCUAAAGUUUAGCCCAGGCAGUAGAAAGGGCAUUUCUGGAGGGGAUGAUAAAAGUGAGGUUCUUUAGAUAUUUAAAGGCAAAAUAGAGAUCAAGAUGUCUUUUCUUUUUGAGUAAUAUUGUAGGUGAGAGUUUCCAAUCUGGUGCUUGGGGAGCCCCAGACAAUCCACGUUUUUGCUCCCUCCCAGCUCCCUGCCAGAAGCCCAAACGUGUAUUGUCUGGGGGACCAGGUUGGAAACACUGCUGUAGAUGAAGUUGGGCUGGAAAACAUGUAAAAAGACAUUGAGUGUAUUCAUUUGAAACUGUUAACUUUUACUACCAGUUUUGUUACUAAAAUGAAAUAAAAGCUGCAUCUUACCAA